AUGAAUAUAUUAUUACUUUUAUCACUUUUUGCUGUCAGUGCAACAACAUUGGAUGCUUUGAAAUAUAACGGCGAAGAAGUAAGUGUAAGCCAACAAAAAAUCGAAAUUCACUAUUUCCUAUCAGGCGUUCGUUCAAAAUGGACGAUUAUUUUACAAGUUGAGCGAAAAGUCUCCAGUGGUUGAAGUUGAUCCAACCCAACCAGAUUAUUUCGAACAAGGAGUUUCAGAGUUAUUCAAUCCGUAUCACGAGGGUUAUUGGUGGUUUGGUAAUGCAAACUAUCUUGCUUAUAUAUCUGUCGAUACACGACUAGUGAAAACAGUUUCCUGGAAUCGGUAAUAUUUUUUUCGAAAUUUUUGGAUUCAAAGUGAUGAUAAACAAUUUUAUCGGUUCUGUUUCACAAAAUGAUCAUAUUUUGUUGCAUUUCCAAUAUCUUUUUUUCUCCAGAUACGGAAAUCGAAAGCCUUAUCCUGAGAUCGUUGAACAACGCUAUUUCAAAACACUCGAUAAUUUUCCACCAUUCCAAGUUUCUGUCUGGAAUACCAAGACAAAAUCAGUGAAACACAUCGACUUCGAUCACACUCGAUACAAAAAGUAAGUGUUACUCAAUAGAAGUUUUUAAAAAAAAAUUUUAGUGGCACAAAUUAUUUUAUAUAUGACAUAAGCCAAAUCACUGUUAACGAUAAAAGCAAACUUCUGAUUGUAUACACCAAUUAUUAUUGGAACGAAAUUAUCGUGGUAACAUGUGAAUGUGAAACAGCAAAGUGUCAGAUACAUUUGGAUUAUGAAUACGCAGAAAAACAGUUUAUAAGUUUAAGCGCAACUUUUUCACUAAUAUGGGAAAAUCGACUUUAUCUAUUGUUGCCACUUUAUUUCAAAAAAGAGAACAAUUCUUAUCAACAAAUUGCUAGCAUUUCGUUAAAUGAGGUUUGUUCCAGAAAAAAUUCAACGAUCAAUGCAGUUUUCAGACUAAUUUUGAACCGAAAUUUGAGAUGAUGAAACCCUAUGAUGUUGAACGGAUCAGUAUGUUUGCUCCAAAUAUAAUGUGAGUAUGCAACAAUUUCAAAAUUAACUCAAAUGUUCAAAAUUUCAGUGAUAUUGAAGCUUUCUCAAGAAAUCCAUAUAUCAGAAAUAAAUUGAGUUUGAAAAUAGAGCCGCACGAGUUAUCGGAAUGUGAUGAUUAUUGUAGGGAAAUAAGUUCGCAUGAAUUUGUACGCAAUGGAAAAGUCGCACUUGAAAAUGAUUUUGAAGGUCUAUACAAAUUGAUUUUACCUCAUCACAAUUCAAGCCACCGAGUUCCACUCUAUGUUUCUGUUUAUGGCGGACCAGAAUCUGUAAUUGAAGAUGGUGUCGAAUAUAAUAAAUUUGCCAAACUAUUCAUCGACGGAAGAGGAUCGGGAAGACGUGGAUGGAAAUAUCGAUCAGCAAGUUAUGGUAAACUUGGAAUAGUUGAUGCUCAAGAUCAAUUAACAGUUAUUCAACACGUUUUGAACAAAUAUUCAGAUAUAUUAGAUAAGAAUCGAGUGUUAGUGGCCGGUUGGUCAUAUGGAGGAUUCAUGGCACUUGCCGUCGCAGAAUUAGCUCCAAAGGGUUUCUUCAAAUGCGCGAUUGCUGGUGCACCCGUCACCAAUUUUCUUUAUCAUAGUUAGUAAUAUCAUUUAAAUUUUUAAUUUUUGAAAACUCUCAAUUUUUCCCAGGUAACAUAUAUACUCGUCGUUACAUGGGAAAUGCAACAGCAAGUGAAUAUGUGGAUUUGACUGAUAAUUUGGAGAAUUUUAGAACAACACGAUUGUUACUUCUUCACGGAAUGGCUGAUGAUAAUGUACAUUUUCAAAAUAGCGCAAUUCUCAUUGAAAAACUUCACAAAGCUGAAAUCGAUUUCGAUCUAAUGGUGUAUCCCAAUUCAAAACAUGACGUGGUUCACCAAUUGAAAAGUGAUAAAUUCCACAAUGACUGUUUUAAAUUGUGAAUUUUUUUUUCAUUGUUAUGGGAUUAUUAACAUUCUACAUAUUAUGAAAGUACCUUUUUUUAUUAAUGUAACAUAAAAAGAUUUUUCAGAAUGCAACAACUUUUUUGUUGUAAUUUUCCAAAUACGGUAUGAAUUUCUCAAAUUACAUAACUUCACAAAAUAUAAACAUUUUUGUGCUGGAAAUAAAACAUAAACAAUUCAUUCUGUACAGUUUUGAACGUUCAGGAUGAAUUUUAUUUAUUUUAGCUUCUUGAUUUUGAAAAUUCUAUGCGAAGAUGAGACGAAUCGGUGAGUUUGAGCUUGUUUUUUUUAUUAUUUGAAUUCGAACAAAUUUUGUAGAACUGACAUAUCAAUUCACAACGGUGCAAUAACAUUCCAAGUGCAAGAAGAUAAAAACAUAACAUUCUCUACGUUUGGAAAAGGAAGUGUUUUUAUAAAUGAUGCAGAUUUAAAACAACUACCGUCACAAGAAAACUACACAAUAACAAUAUCCAGUUAUUCUACUGCAGCAGAUGAAUUGAUUUAUUUAAAGAAGCAACUCUUGAAAUUAAAAAGUCAGGCGGAAUCAGUGAUAGACACAGCAAAUGAGAUUGAUGUAUGUUAAAAUAGGAAAAUGUUUUUUUUUUGGGAAAAAAAUGUUUUUCAGCAAUAUUCAAUAAAAAAAAAGAUUAGAGAAGUGAAGAAAUAUAAUCUGAGUGAUUUAGAUAGUGAGGGAAGAGAGUUGCAAACGUUGAAAAAUAAAAUCAGGUGGGGAAGGUUUACAAAGUUCUGACUUUGAACAAUUUUCAGUGAAAUCGGAAAAACAAUAAUUCAAAAUCCAUGCACAGAAAAAAAUGUGUGUUUGAAUGGUGGAACUUGUAUCCCCAAAAUUGGUGACCAAUAUCAAUGUCUUUGUUCGAAAUAUUACACGGUAAGUAAUAAAUUCCCUAUUUCCAGAAAAAAAUUAUUCAGGGUAAAAAUUGUGGAGAUGAUAUUGAUGAAUGUUUAUUUAUCAAUGGAACUGAUUUGGAAUGUAAAAAUGGUGGAAGUUGUAUAAACACAAAGAAUGGAUAUAAAUGUGAAUGUAAAAAAGGAUUUCACGGACCUUUUUGUCAAUUCGAACAAUCGGUUUGUUCACAAUCUACUAAAUUAUGUGGACCUCAUGGGCAUUGUAUUUCAACAAAUCCUUAUAGUUGUAAAUGUGAUCCUGGAUUUCAAGUGAUUGAUGAGAAAACUAAUCCGACAUGUGUUGAUAUUGAUGAAUGUGAGAAUAAUCCUUGUGGGACUGGAGUUCAAUGUUUGAAUCUUGAUGGUUCUUUUCAGUGUAAUGGUUGUCCGAAAGGCUACAAGAGUGAGUAAAUUUUGAUUCAAGUCGAAAAAAAAAAUAGAAAAUUUUUUUUUCCUAUUUUUUGAUAUUUUGUUCUACACAAAAAUGAAAAAAACAAAAAUUUUGACUAUUUUAUUGUACGCAAAUAUACGAAUGCGCGUCAAAUAAAAUGUAUUGUGUGUGCACACAAAAAAGUUGGUGUAUAAGAGUUAUUUAUGUUUUUUUUCCAAAAAAUGCAAUAUUUCAAAUAAAAAUCCCUUGUUUUUCAAAUUCAAAUAAUUUUCAGUGAUCGGUGGCCGCUGCAAAGAUAUUGAUGAAUGCAAAGAAAAUCCAUAUCCUUGUGCAACUCACGCAAGCUGCACAAAUCUUGAAGGUUCCUACGAGUGUGGUGAAUGUCCUUUUGGGUACUCGGGAAAUGGUCAAAAGCGCUGCACAAAGAAUGAUCCUUGCUCUUGGAAUAACUGUCCUAUGGAAUCGAAAUGUGUGCCAAAUGAUCAUUUAUUGAAUUCUCAAUAUGAAUGUCUUUGUCCAGAAAAUCAGAUCUACGAUGAGACAUUGAGAGAAUGUUUACCUCAUCCAAUAUUUUGUGAUUAUGAUAAAUGUGUUAAUGGUGGAACCUGUUUGGUAAGUGAACAGUUUCUCGAACUGAAUUUCUAGAAAAAAAAUAAUUUCAGCCAACAAACGAUGGACAUAAAUGUAUUUGCAAGAAAGAUUUUAUUGGUGAUCGUUGUGAGAUGGUAAAUUACUUUUUUUACAAAAAAAAAUUUAAAAAACAUAUUUGUAUUAUUUCAGGGAUCUCCUUGUGUUUCAAAUCCUUGUAAAAACGGUGUUUGCAAAAUUCGAGAAGAUCACACACGUGUUUGCAUUUGUGAUGUUGGAUUUUAUGGGGAUAAAUGUGAAAUUUCUGAAAAAGAAAACGAAUCUCAUUUUACAGAUGAUUCCGGAUAUUCUGAAAUGAGUUUUAAAUAUUCGAAUCAAACAAAAGUUCAUAGAUCAUAUUUUGCCAAAGAUUCACAAGAUUAUUUGAUUCGUAUUACAUUUAUAGAAUUUGAGAUUAAAAAUGAUGGAAGUGAAAGUAAGAAAUGUGUGGAUUCUCCUUCAAAGUUAACUGUAAGUUUUAUUGAAACAUUUAUUCAAAAAAGUGUCUCAAAUUUGUUGUUCUAGUUUUAUAAUGGUCCUGACCAGCAUCAUCAAGUAUUUGCAAUAUUUUGCAGUGAUUUCGGUGGGCACUUUGUGAGUGAAAAUAUCUAGAAUCUAAAUAACUUUGCACUUUCAGGCCCCAAAAUUAAACCAACCAAUCACAAUUGCAAAUUCACAAGCAAUGUUGGAAUUUAGAGGAAAAUCUGGAUCUUAUAAAAUUAGUUAUGAGUUUGUGAAAAGAGGUAAUUAAUUCAUUUUGAGAUUGAAAAUAUAACAAGAAAAAAGUGAUGUUUCUAGAAUGCGGUUCAACUCGAACUCAACCAAGUGGAAAUCUAUUUGUCCCGGAAAACACUCAAAACAUCUCUUGCUUGUGGAUGAUUCGAGCACCACACGAUAAAAUAAUUGAAUUGACAGUUCCAAAUUUGAAAAUGCAUUCCGGAAACAAUUCAAUUUGUGAACAGAAUUGCUUGGAAAUAUAUGAUGGAUUUUAUCAAGAAAAAACAAUAGGAGAACAUUGCUCCAAUAUUGAACAAAGUUAUGUCUAUCGAUCAAGUGGUUCUUAUAUGACAAUUUUAUUCGACAGUGAGAUGUCGCCUUUCUCUGAGAAAUUGAGUAAGAUCAGUGGAUUUUCAUUAGUCUACAAGUUUAUUGAUUCGCCAAACUCAUGUGGAGAAACUUUCACCAGUGAUAAAAGUAUAACAUUUGGUGGUAUUAUCAAAUCUCCAAACUUUGACUAUGGAAACUAUCCACCAAAUAUCAAUUGUUAUUGGAGUAUCGAAUAUGAUGGAAAUCCGACCCAUGGAAUAAUGACAAGAUUUAAUGUUCUAUAUUAUGAUAUUCCUGAAGAAGAAUGUUUAUCAGAUCACUUUGCAUUUUCUGUGAAAAAUAGAAUGCCUCACACUGAUGAAUGUGAAACAAUCCAGACUAACAGUAGUGCGAUAUUUGGCAGUGAACCUACUAUACAUUUUGUUUCUGAUGAUUCUAAUCAACAUCGUGGUUUUGAAAUCAAAUUUGAGGUUAUAUGUUGGACAUUUUUGGAUGGAUAUCAUGGUGUAGUACAAAGUUGGAACUAUCCAGAUGGAGGAAAAGCAGGAAAAUGCACUUACCUAAUGUAUGCCGUUCCGAAAACAUAUAUUGCCAUUAAGUUAGUUUAUGGGCCCAUGCAGAAUAAUAUUUUGUAAUAAAAAACAUUAAAAAAAACAUAUUUUUCCUAUGCAGAAAAAAGUCGAAAAAAAAAUAUACAGUUCACUAUUUUUGAGUAGAGACAAUGUGAAAAUGAGAGAGUGCAGACAGUUUUUUUUUGUAUUUUUUGUGCGAAAAAUCAAUUUGUCUGUCUGCCUUCUCUCAAUUUCACAUUGUCUCUACUCAAAAAUAGUAAACUGUAUAUUUUGGUUUUUUCGACUUUUUUCUGUAUAGGAAAAAUAUGUUUUUUAUGUUUUUUAUUACAAAACACUAUUCUGCAUAGGCCCAUUAAUUUUUUGUUAAAAGUAGUUCCCAUGUCUCGUAAUUUUCAGAUUUAUCGAUAUUCGUUUUCCGGAAUUGUACAAGCACUGUAAUGAUUCAAAAAAUGAAAUAGACUAUGAACCAAUUAUUGAUUUUCGAGAUGAAGAUGACAUUCGUCAAUAUGAUAUUUGUGCAAAUGAUUUGGGUGAAAUUCUAAUUGGUAAAAGUAUAUCAUUCAAAUCUGGAAGAUUGACUAUCAUUGUUACCAGUGAUGGAAAUCCACUUUUUAAAGGAAUAUCAUUUGAAUAUGAUAUUAUUAAACAUGGUAAAUUGAUUAAAUGAAGAAAUGAUAUAAUAAUUAUCUUUUCUUACAGAUUGCAACCAUAUUUAUAUGGAUGAUUUGAGAAUUGUUAAUUCAUAUCUUACUUCAAAUUCAACGAUUAGUUAUUGUUUAUUUUCGAAUAAAAAGUCCGAAAGAAUCAAGCUUAGAUUUGAUUUAACCUAUAUGGAAUAUUCUGAAGGAAAAACAUGUGGUGGUGGUAGUAGAAUCGAAGUGUUCGAAUUUGAUACGUCAGUUGACAUUGAUGGUGAAUCACUUGGUGUUUUCUGUGACGGCAUGAAACCUCCAAAAUUAUUCGGAAAAAAGUCAAAAAUGAUGAUCAAACAUAUCAAUUUUGGAGAAAGUCUUGCUAAUAUAAAGUAAGAAAUUUUUAGAGAAUUUUUUAUUAACCAAAACUAACAUUUUCAGGUUUGAGAAGGUAUCGAAAAAAACAUCAUGUGACGAAACAUUUACCGAACCAUCAGGAGUGAUAUUUGCAAAAGGAUUCUUUAUCAAAUGCUUGUAUCACAUUUCUGUACCACCUGGAAAUCGAAUUAUUUUCAAAGUUGAAUCAAUGCAAAUAUCUCAAAAUGAGGAAUUAGUGGAAAUCUGGGAUGGCAUGGAACCCGGUGGAAUUCCUCUUCAUGAAUACACAGGCUUAACCGAUUAUAGCCCAUUGACUGUAUUCACAUCAUCUUCACAUAACGCAGUUAUUGAAUCACAAUUUAGAUUGCAUGAUUCAUUUUUCAAUAUUUCCUAUAAAAUACGACCAGGUUGUGGAAAAACUGUGAAUUCAAUAAGUGGUGCACUCGCAUCACCAUAUUAUCCUGGAUUUAGUACGCAUUUUACUGAUUGUGAAUGGAAAAUUGCGGUGGCACAGGGGAAUUUGAUUGAAAUCGAGUUGUCUCAACUUCAUUUGUCAGAGAGGGCUUGCGACGAAAAUUCGAAUCGAUUAGAGGUAAGUUUAUAGUUUUUCUAAAUCGUAGUUCAUUAUGGGCCUAUGCAGAAAAGGGUUGAGCCUAAAUGGCAAGGCUCCGCACGCUUUUUAUGUGUAGAUCAAAAAAUAAUGUAAGUCUGAAACUCACAAAAAGUUUAAAAAUUUCAAGAUUUUCAUACAAAUUCGGUUUUCAAAAAUCAUUUUGUUGUUAUCAAGUUACUACAAAAUCAAAAUUGUUGAGUUUCAGACACUAUUUUAGAAUAAUUCUAAAAAUUUGUGAUUUCUAAACUCGCAAAAAUUUUUGAUCUACAAGCUGUUGCCGAUAGGAAAACGCGUAUCCUUUUUACCCUUGUGAGAGACAAGGUAAAAUUGAGAGAGAGCAGACAGAUAAAUUGAUUUUUUGCAAAAAAAAUACAAAAACCUAAUUUGUCUGUCUGCACUCUCUCAAUAACACAUUGUCUCUACUCAAAAAUAAUAAACUAUACAAUUUGUUUUUUCGACGUUUUUCUGCAUACGAAAAAUAUGUUUUUUUUAUUACAAAAUAUUAUUUUCCAUAGGCCCAUUAUUUUUUCCACAGAUCUCCGAUAAACAUCACAAUGUUCUCGAGCGAUUCUGUGAAAUGCCAAUAAAUAAAACAAAAUUCGUUUUUGAAACUGAUGAAUUGAUUGUUCACUAUGUUGAAGAGGAGGGCUAUUAUUCAGCUGGGUUCAUGGUUUUGUGGACAACAAUUUGCAAAAAUAUCGAACUAACAGAAAUGUCUGGCUAUAUUCAAUCUCCCGGUUAUCCAAAUCGAAAUUAUCAAGGAGCAUCUUGUAGUUGGACCAUAAAAGCUCCAAUUGGCAAUAAAAUUGAUGUGAUUUUCCAUGAUUUUGAAAUUCAGCGAAAUGGUUUUGGAAAAUGUGAAGGUUAUGAAUUUCUGCAGGUCGGAAACUUGUUAGAACAUUUUUGUUUCAAAUAUUUUUAGAUCACUGAUGGGUCGGCGAACAGAACACAUUGUGGCACAGAAAAUCCACUUCGAUUCACAAGUCAUCACAAUAUUCUGCAAAUUGCUUAUUUUUCCACAGAUUCUUUCCCUAGUAAUCGUUUCUCAUUAAGUUGGAAAUUCGUUGGCUGUGUUGAUGAAUAUAAUUCUCCUAGAAUUAUUGAAAUAUCGAGUACAGAUAUUGAUAAUGCUUAUAACUAUUUCGAAUGUCAAUACCGAAUCAAAGCACCGGUUGGAAAACAAAUAAAAUUGAGAAUCAAUUCAUUCGAUAUGCGAGGAAAUCAUCAAUGUCAAUAUAAAAAUGAUGAAACUUUCAGAGGAAUCGCGGUUUUUAUGGGCAAAUCUAAUAUUUCUCACACACCUCAAAAUAUGGUUUGUGACAAUUCAAAGGAUGGGAAAGAAGUUAUAUCGGAGAUUAAUGAAAUGUUCAUUCGCAUUUCUUUGGAGAGAGCAAAUUUUAAAAGUGGAACUAAAACAUAUUUCAGUGCCAGUUUUGAUUUUAUUGAAUCCACAGAUGCUUGCAGUAAAGUCAUUGAUCGUAAGCCAGGUUAAAAUUUUCUUUGUUUUUGAAUCCAAGUUUUUUUCAGUGAGCCACAACAACACAUACAUUCUUAAUUCCUCGAAUUAUCCAGCUUGCAACUGGCUUUUCACAACUGAUGAAGGAAAUCAUUUUGCAGUCAACCUUGAGAAACAAAAUUUUGGAACACUGAAUAUUUUCAGAGGACGGUUAGGCUAAAUUAUUUUUUUUGAAUUUCGAAGAGAACUUUUUACAGAUCCGAAGAUGUUGAAAAUAAUUUCAUUGGAAAUGUAUCUCAAGCUUUUGAAAUUCAUGAAAACGAAACGCAGAUCAGGUAUUUUGGAGAUGAGGCAAUCCCCAAAGACCAGGCAAGCACUGAAAAAAAAACCUGCUGGAAAAAAAUAUUGAAUUAUUUUACAGAAUGCUUUUGAAAUGAGCUUGCAAAGUGUUUGUGGAACCAAUUAUUAUGCAAUUGAAGAAGAACAAGAAAUGAGUUUCAAAAUGGUUGGCGAUGGUCAAACUUCAUGUGUUUUUCAUAUUUUGAAUCGUGAAAAUGGUAAUUGAAGAAUUACAUAAAACUAAUUUGUAAGUUCAAUUUCUUCAGAUGGAUCAAAUGUGAAUUUUGCAUUUGAAAAAAUCGAUUUUCUAACAUCCACAGAACACUCGCGCUCGGUUGGAAAAAUUUCGAAAUAUCAAGAUUCAGGAGCGCUAUGGUUUGGAGCUUUGAUAUCAUUACCUACUAAACACUUUGAGUCAAACGGUAUCACCGUGGAAUUAUCAACUGAUGCUAUCAUCCGAGUUCAUUUCAAAUAUGGAAAAAAUAUGGGAGGUAAAAACAUAUAUAUAUAUAUUUUCCAUAACUACUUUUCAAUAAAAUUAGUUUAUAGAAUGCGGUGGUGUGAUAACUCGGAGAAAUAGUCAUAUAAAUCACAAGUUCAAUUAUGAAAAAGAGGAUUGUGAAUGGACAAUCAAAGCAACUCCAGGAAGUCAUGCAAUUUUUGAAAUAGAGUAAAUUCUGAAACCUUAUAUGUUUCAUUUUCAGUGAAUAUUUUUUAAUUUUCAGUGAAUACAUCUUACCAGAAUCUCCACGUUGUAAAGAAUCAUAUCUAGAAGUUCGAGAGACAAAUUCAUCUGGAAAAUUAUUGUCACGACAGUGUAAAUUCGGAAGUGAUGAAAAACAAUUCAUUAGUGAAGCAUUAUAUAUUCGCAUUAGAUAUCGACCACAAUCUGAAGCUGAUGUUGGAAAAAUUGUGGGAUCCUUUGAAAAGUAUCCAGGAGGACUGACGGAAUCUAGAGUUUUAGUUCCUGUGGAUUAUCCGUUAACCCGCCCGUUCAUUUUUAUGAUUGGAGAUCCAGCUGGAAAAGUGAGUGGAAGACAAGUAGAGAUCCUUGGUUUUGAGUAUGUGUAUUCAAUUUCAGAAUGGGAUCAAACUUCAUAUCAGUGACUUGUAUUUAUCCCCAGACUCAUGGAUAAAAUAUUCAGACUAUCCAUCAGCAAAUAUGAAGCAUCACAAUGUGGCAACAGAUGGUACGAUAUAUCUACCAUACCCAGAAACGGUGAUAUCAGCAAAGAUCAAGUUUGGCGAUGAUUUCAGAAUUACUUGGGAACCUUAUGAACUAUUUGAGGAUCUAAAGAUUUUAGAAAUGAGAUGGAGUAAUUGUGGAGAAACAAAUCUAGAAGCAACUUGGGAAUGGCAAAAUCUUGAGAGUCCUAAUUUAUCUGAUGAAAAUGUGAAUUGUUUGUGGAAUAUGAAAGUUCCAGAGCAUAUGAAGUUGGUCAUUCAAUUCACUGAAAGAAAUUUCACAAAUUGCACAACAGAUUUUAUCGAAUUUUAUUAUGAAAAAUUGUGAGUUUUGAGCUUCAUAAAAUAUUUGAAAAGAAGCACCCAAAAACUUCUCAGCUUUUAUUCCGAUACACCUUUCCAAGAGCAUAGUUUCAAUGGCUGCAAUAGUACUGUAGAGGAAAUAGAGCCCUAUGGAGAUGUUCUUAUCAAAUUCAGAAGAACGAAUAUUUCUUCAAAUUUCAAAUUGAAAUAUCGUAUUGGUUAGUUCUCAAAGAAAUUAUUGAAUGUUUGUAAAUCAAAAUUUUUAAGAAUGUGGAAAAUAUAUACGUAUUCCAACUGGUAAUUAUGUCGAGCACACCAUUAUAAACCCACCAAAUGUGCACGUAGACAAACGAUGCUUCUGGAUGAUACAAUUCUUGAGCUAUCGUCAUGCGCGAGUUGAAAUAACCGAAUUGAAUAUUGUGAAAAAUCAAACAUGCGAUAGAAGUAACUCUUUAAGAGUGGUGGUAAGUUUUUGAUUAUUUUUUUGAAAACAAAAAUUCAAUGCAGCCUCAUGAAGAAGGAGUUUUUUGUGGAAAACUGCAAGAUUAUGAUCCUGAAAAAUUGACAUUUAUUGCAAAACAUGGAAGGUUCUGGGUAGAAUUCAAUACUGAAAAAGAUCAACAGAAUAGUUUCAAAAUUGUGUUUGGGGAAUAUGUUGGUUAUUGUCCAUCUCAAAAUUAUCGAGUUGACGAAUAUCAUUCAACAUUUUUGAUUUAUUCACCAGAGUAUCCACAUGAUAUGCCAAUUUCUAUGGAAUGCGAGUAUCAUUUUGAAGCACCAAAUGGUCAUAAACUUAUGUUGUCUUUUGAAGAUUUCGAUUUGAAUUCAUAUAGUGAAAGGUGGGUUUAUUGCUUCAUUGUGAAAUUCAGAAAAUCAUGAUUUCUUUAGGAACGAAAACUUUAUAGAAAUCCAUGAUGGCUAUAGUUCAAAUUCACCAAAAAUCGGAAGAUUUAUCGAACAUUUCCCGCCAUCAACAAUUCUUUCAACGGAAAAUUUUCUUUAUAUGAGAUUGAGAACAUCACAAGAUAUACCAACGCAUAAAUUUGUUGCAAAAAUUGAACUCGCUAAAUGUGGUGGUUUGAUUUAUGUUGGUGAAAAUGAAAAUGUGACAGAAGUUUUGAAAUUGCCAAAAUUUAAAAAAAAUGAAUGGCCGAUUAGUUGUAAUUGGACAAUUCGAGGAUUGAAUUCUCAUUUGAUUUUGUACAAGUAGGUUUGAAAAUUUGAAAAAAAUACAAUUUUUUUUAGAAUUCUCUUUGGAAUUAAUCUAAAAUUUUCAGAAUUGAGCAUUACACAAUCAGCAAACAUUCAUCACUCUCAAUCACCGAUAAAAAUGAAACUCUUUCUUCAACAACAUCAGGAGACUUUAUGCGAAGUAGUUCACCGGAAAUUUCAAUAAUUUUCAACAUAACUUCACCUGAAUUUGAUUUCGAAACAGUGGAAAAAUUCAAAAUUCUUCUCAAAUUAUCUGAUAAUCGUGAGUCUUGAUUUGUUUUUUUUUCAAACAUUCUAUCUAUUUUUUAGAAUGCGGUGGGAAGAUUGAAAAUUCUUCGGGGCAGAUAACUCUUCCUGGGUUCCCAGGAAAAAUUCUGCCACAUCUGAAAUGCCAAUGGAAUUUGAAUGCUGGAAUUGGUUUCAAAUAUCAUUUGAGACUAGAAUUCACAGAUCAAACAAAUUUUUUGAUAUCCAGUGAACAAUUAUGUUUUAGAGACAUCAAGGUAAUUCUUCAUUUUUUCAAAACAUAAUUUAUGUAUCUCGAAACAAAAUUUUCAGAUUCAUAAUUUUGGAAACAUGAACAAUUAUAUUCAUUUCUGUGAGAAUUCUCUGGAAAUGGUUAGUGCUACUGAUAUUAGUGCAAUUAGUUAUGACGACUUUUUAACAAGACAAUUUUUGGGUGACAAGACGUUCAAAAAUAUAUCAUCAUUUUAUUCACCAUUCAUUAUUCAUUAUGAAAAAGUGAGUUUUAUGAAAGAUUUUUAAAGAGAAAAAAUAAUUAUUUUGAGGUUCCAAGUACUGAUGAUUGUUCUAAAUUAAUAAAUCAAAAUCAAACUUUUGUAUUUCAUAAUUCCAAUGAUUCUGUUCUAUUCCAAGGUUUGUUCAUUUGUUUUCAUUUUUCAUACAUACCUAAAUGUUUUUUCAGAUGUUUGUCACAUGGUUUUCAAAAGACCUGAAGAUUACUAUUCAACAAAUAUAAAAAUCGAUAUACCCGGUCACGAUUCAGAAAAUUUCAUGCGCAGUUGUAUCUUUGCAAGUCAACAAAUCAGACUGAAAUGUAGGUAAUCUUGAAAUCUUCGCUUGCUGCAAACACAUUUCAGCAUUCGACCCAAUUCACAUUGACGAAGAAAUUUGCGAUAGAUCAGUCAGAGCAAAUCAAACGGAUUUUACUACCAUAAAUGAGAUAAUUGACUUUGUUGCGACAAGGAAAAACUAUUAUUUCAACGAAGAGUUCACACAAUUCACUGUUUCAGUCGAAUUUCAAAAAUGUGGAGGGUAUAUUAGAAAUUCGAAAAAUGGAACCAUUUCUAGCCCAAAUUAUGGCCAAUAUUUGUCGAAUUCCAGAUGUCAGUGGUUAAUUGAAGCAGAACCAAAUCAACAAAUCAAGGUAAUUUUUUUUUAAAAUUUAUUUAUUUAAAAAAAAUUUUCAUGAAACCCCAAACCUGUUUUAGAUCCAAAUACUCGAAAUGGACAUCGAAACAAAUUGCACAAAUGACAGACUUGAAAUUGGAGAAGGUCACGAAGGACACAUCAAUCCAAUUCAUAUAUAUUGCGAUACUUUUGAUGAAUUACCAGACAUUUUCGAAACUAUCACAUCAAAGAGUAGAUUCGUCACUUUGAAUUGGAUAACAAAUGAGAAAAUUGAGAAAACUGGCUGGAAACUUGAAUAUAAGAUUGUGAAUGAUAAUGAUGGUAUGUUGAAUUUUUUGAAUCUGGAAUUUUUCAUGUAAAAUAUUUUAGAUUGCAAUUUUCAUGAAAAAGCCAUGUUUGGGGUUAUCAAAUCACCAAAUUUUGGAGGCAUUGAUUAUUUAGCUAAUCAAAAUUGUCGCUGGGAUAUUCAAGUUCCAACUGGUUAUCAUAUCAAUCUUCAUUUUAAAUAUUUCGAUAUUGAACCAUCAGAAAACUGCAUAAAAGACAAUUUGACAAUAACAGAAAUUACAAAAGAAAAAUCGGACAAUGAAGUUGACCAAAUACGUUGCGGAAAUGCGAAUUCAUCCAAUUUUAAUUAUGAGUUUGAAUCUCCAAGACUUUUAUUAAAUUUCAAUUCCGAUAAUCAAACAGAAGGCAGAGGUUUUGAAAUCGAAUGGGAAGCAAAAUGUGGAGCAGUUCAUACUUCCAAUCAAGGAAUUAUAACAUCCCCAAAUUAUCCAAAUGGUUAUCCCAAUGAAGAUCAAAUUUGUGAAUAUAUUAUUGAUGCUCCGAUCGAUUUUUUGGUCCAUAUUGAAAUUCACGAUUUUCUUAUUGAAAGUUGUCACUAUGAGGAUGAGGUGAAAGUGAUUGAGAUGAAAAGUAAAAAAAUCAUAAAAGAAAUGUGUGGAAGAAUGAGUGAUGUUGAACCUAUUCGUGAUAUUGAAGGGCCAGUCAAAAUAUUAUUCCGUGUCAAGAAAACUUAUCCGCCAAUUUCAUCAAAAACAUUACGGGGUUUCAAAAUGAACUACACUGUGAAACCUGCAUUGGAUGUGGAUAUUUAG